AUUGCAUACGGCCGGAGGCUGUAGGGACGACUAAUCGUUAAAACUCUGGUUGAGGGUCGAUGAUUCAUGUCACCCAGGAUGAUAUGAGGCCACCCGCCGGACCCAGUGGAUAACAUCUCUUCGGUCGGAAGUCUUUGAAUUUUUGACUACUUCUCCGUUACUGCAACAGCGAGGCUGGGCACCAGUGUCGGCCAUGCCAGACGAGAGAAAGAUCCCGGCGUGCAAAGAAUGCCGUGAGAAAAAGCUACGAUGUGUGUUUGAGAAAGACGACUGCUGUCUCAGAUGCACAAGGUUGGGAAAACAGUGUCAAAUUCCCGAAGCCAAGCGCAGAGAACGCAAGGCCCGAUGUGAUUGGUAGUCCCAAGUUCAAUCAAGCUCAAGUCUAACCACGGCGGUGCAGUACGCGGGCGAGUCGAACAUCUCGAAAGCACGUAUUCGGAAAUACUGGCCUUGCUGAAACGGAAUGGCGACAACGAGCCCUCUCCGCCCACCACCGCCAGCUCACAGCGUCACCCUCCUUCGGUGACACAGACUCCAUCGCGGAGGGCGAGCUUCCUGUCGGGGUCGGGAGGCCCUCAAUCCAUCCUCCCCGCCGUCAUCGGCUCGGACAUGCUGAGCCUGGACGAAUGUGAAGCCUUGCUCAACACUUACCGAGAGAUGUCUCGAGUCAACUACCCGUUUGUCCUUCUUCAUCAAUCAUGCCGUGCCGCAUCUUUGAUCGAGGAACGACCCAUGUUGGCACAGGCCAUAUUCAUAGUCACGUCCUGGAAGAACCCCGCGCGACAGGCCGCGCUUCGCUCCAUCUUUCUCAGAGAUCUUAGUGAAAAGUAUUUUAUGCGGUACGAGAGGUCUUUUGACCUCUUGCAGUCUCUAAUUGUGUACUUUGGGUGGUGUCAUUUCUAUACCCACAGUUUCCCAUCGGGCGCCUACAGACUGGCCACGGUCCUAGUGACCAUGGCCAUUGAACUUGGCAUAACCCAGCGGCCACUUACUGUCACUCAACACGAGGUUCUGUUGAACUCGGGCUCGAUAUACCCACAGACCAAUGAAGGCACGCCUUCGAAAUUCUGGAACUUUGAUGCCCGAAGAGCCUUUAUUGCGACGAAUAUCAUUUCAACGUUUUGUUGCUUUACAUUCCGCAAACACAACCUCCUCCCACAUUCUCAAUACCUGGAUGAAUGUGCAGACUCUUUGGUCGCCGACCCUCAAUACCCUUCCGAUUCCUUGCUACGUGCCUGGAUCAAGACCAUGGCCAUGGCAGAGGGCGUGGGGGCUGCAUUUGACCAUGGCUCACGAGAACGUGCGGCUGAGCUGAACGACGAAAAGACCCAGCUCUUAGUAACAGCCAUGGCGAGACAAGUGGAAGAGUGGAAAGCGAGUCUCCCACCCAAGACUUCUGAGACAGCCCACAUGUACCGCGCGUACUACUGCAGCCGCGCCUACAUCCACGAAGUCGGGCUUUACGGCUUGAGCCUGGGCCAAAUACCGUCCGUCUCCCGAAUGUCUAUUAUAUAUGAAUGCUACUCGGCGUCGAUGAAACACAUUUCCGACAACGUCGAACUCUCCCUCGAAGAAAUGAGCCAAUGGGGAGUGAUGGACUGGCGCCAACUGAACCUGUCCGUCAUGCUGUGCGCCAAGUCUUCCAUCAUCCUAGACUCGACUUGCUGCACGGUCGAGUCGUCCCAGCGAGCCUCGUGGUUGGGGAAAUGUCUGGACACGCUGUGUCAGCGGAUCAAGGAACUUUACUUGAUGGCCGUCGGAGGGUCUUCGGGGCAGGCCCAGAAACAGGACCACUUUUUGAAACGUCUAGCUAAUGAAUGGUCUAAUAUCAAGACUUGUUAUCAAAACUGUGUACAGAGGAACCUUCAAACUCAACAACAACAGCAGCAACAGCAGCAACAGCAACAGACUCAGAUACCAACGACGACGGCCGCCGCUACCCAACAAACACAAGCGUCACAGGCACCAUUACUAUUGCCGUCGGCCGAGUUCCCUUUUGAUUUUGACGCGUUCAACGACAGUUAUUGGUUCGGGAUCGGGGAGGGUGAAGUAUCCGGUCUCACUACCAGUGGCGGUUGGCAAAUGUGAUGUACCCCGGUACGGGACUGUAUGAAAAAAAUCAUGUGCAUGUGAUAUGUACACCGUAUGACAAUGACCCAUGAACUGAUUAC